AUGAAGCUCUUCCUUCUGCAGGCUGUGAUGUUGGCCUUUGCAAGUAAGCAGCCAGCGCACACACGACACGUCCCCUGGGAGAUCUCACCACGGCUGCAACACCCCGCACGCUCAAAGAUCUCUCCUGUCCUAUCUCCCGCAGCGGCCGCGUUCGGGGACGAGAGGGUGGUGAACGGGUACGACUGCCGCCCGCGCUCCCACCCGUGGCAGGUUUACCUCACCUACAGCGGGGGCAAUCGCUGGUGUGGCGGUUCCCUCAUCAACCAGCGGUGGGUGGUAUCGGCAGCCCGCUGCGCCAAGCUAGAGCUGGAGGUGCACCUGGGAGAACAUGACACGCACAAGGCGGAGGGGACCGAGCAGCGCUUCUGGGUGUCCAAGGUCAUUUCCCACCCCUACUACAACCCCAGGAACCUGGACAACGACAUAAUGCUUAUACAGUUGUCCCGGUACACCCAGUACGUGCAGCCCAUCGCGCUGCCCGGCCGAUGCCCGCAGACAGGCGAGAGCCGCGUGGUUUCCGGCUGGGGUAAUACCAUCACCAACGGGGCGGCGUACCCUCAAGUGCUGCGGUGCCUGAAUCAGCCCGUCGUCAGUGACGCCGCCUGCCGCGGUGCCUACCCUCACCUGUUCACGGACAACAUGGUUUGCUCCGGAUUCGUGGAAGGAGGAGCCAGCGGCUGCCAGGGCGACUCCGGCGGCCCCCUCGUGUGUAACGGCCAGCUGCAGGGGGUGGUCUCCUGGGGUUAUGAGUGUGCAGAGCGGGGACACCCCAGCGUCUAUGUGCGUGUGUGUCGCUACACCAGCUGGAUCGACAGUGUGAUGAGCAGCAACUAA